ACUUUUGAGCAUUGUUUUGACAUUCUUCAAAAUUGUCCAAAAUGGUAUUGCAAUACUGAACUGCUUGUUAGUCCCAUUCCACCCAUGGGGCAAGGUUCCCAAAGUUCUCCCACAGGUUUUGGAUCUCAAUCAUCUCCUGUGGAAGGCCUUGAUGACGUACCAGAUGAAGGAGCUACGCCUUUCGUGUUGACUCGCCCUGAAGGAAGAAAGGUAAGGUAGUUGCUGAAUCGUCAGACAUAUACACUACUCAACUGCUAGAGUUUGGUAACGAUAUGAGAGAGAGGCAAAAGUCGAGGAUGGAGUACGAAAAUAUAAAAAUGAAUGUUCAAGAGAGGAGACUAGAGCAGGAGAGAGGAAUGGGAAUACAAGAGGCAAAUGAGGGAGCGUGAAGCGGAAAAGUGGGAUGUUGAGAAGAAAGAGAGGGAAGCCGCAAUACUUCAACAAAAUGUGGCUAUUCUGGAGAAGGAUUUGUCAAAGAUGACACCAAGAAAGAAGAUAUUUUGGAGGCGUAAACAAAAUGACAUUUAUGGGUAUGAUCAAGAUGAUCCCAACUCUUAUCCAAGUGAUGGUGGAGAUGGAGAUGCAAGUGGUGGAGGAGAUGGCGACUAUUUUCCUAUCAUGGAUUUAUAAUUAGAAGGUCCUAUGUGUAGUCUAUUGUCUUUACUGCUUUAAUGUGUGGUGUGUUCUCUUUCGACCUUGUUGUUUUCAUGUGUCAUGUGUAUUCUUUGAACUUUGAGCAAUUCCAUGUGUAAUAAAAACAAAUGUUAUUG